AAUGGCAGAGUCCCAUAGAAAUGUUCGGUGCAUAUUCUACCUAUAACGUCGAUGGAUUUGCUCGAUCUGUUUCCUUCUCAGAAACGAUGGAGGCUCCUGUCAGUGUUUCGCUUGGGGUCAUCCGUUCCCUCCCCGCCAAGCUCGAGCUGCUGCUGUCGCCGGAGGACGACCACCGGCUGCACAAGCGGGAGAAGAAAAAGAUUCGCCUCCUCAAGGACCACCUCCAAGAACUGAUCGACAAGUACCUGAUGGAGCCGUCGGAGGUGGAGGCCCCGACGUCGUCGGCUGCCAGGUGCUGGGUGAAGGAGGUGCGCGAGCUCUCCUACGACAUCGACGACUUUCUCGACGAGCUCGUCUAUGGACUCAACGCCACCGCCGCCUCACACAAGAACCUCCGUGGCAAGAUCGCUAAGGUCCGCGAGGACCGGAGCCGGAGCCGCUGGGUCGCCGACGAAACCACACGAUUCAAGUCUCGACUGGAGGAGGCGAUUCAGCGGCACAAGAGGUACGAUCUCGACAAGCUCCAGAGCGGCACAAGCAGGAUCAAUUCGGAUGAAGCCCCAAUUCCACCUCUGUACGGGAUGACCGCUUCACGCCUUGUCGGUAUCCGCAGCUCCAUGGAAAAGCUCGAAGAGUGGUUGAGCGAUGGAGAGCAGGGACUGAGAGUGGUGUCCAUUGUUGGAUCUGGGGGAAUUGGAAAGACAACUCUUGCCAAGGAGCUGUAUUCCAAGCUCAGAAGGCAGUUCGAGUGCCGGGCUUUUGUGCGGUCAUCCCAGAAGCCUGACAUCAGGAGGCUGCUCACCAGCAUACUCUUGCAAGUUCGUCGACACCAGCUGCCCAAUGAUCUAGAGAUGGGUAAUCUCACUGAAACGAUCAGGGCGUACCUGCAAAAUAAGAAGUGUGCCCUGAUUGUGCGGUUGUGCAACUCCAAAUCAUCAAUCAGCCAUUCUUCAAGAGUAUGCUGGUGAGCAUGCAGCCUCCUGAUGUCAGGUUUCAUGGCUGACCGCGCAAAAGCCCGGCACUCGAACUGCCCUCUGAGCUUGCAAUACAGCUCCUUUUGGCCAUUGUUGUCUUGCCAACUCCCCCUAACCCAACAAUAUAAUGGACGCCACUCUAAGCCGCUGCUCCCCAUCACCAUUCAGCCAUUCUUCAAGCUAGCUUUUCCAUGGAGCUGUCGAUACCAACAAGGCGUGCAACCGUCACCCCAUACAGAGGUGGAAUCGGGGGUUCAUUCGAAUCGAUUCUGAUCUGUCGAUUCUGGAGUUUGUCAAGAUUGUACCUCUUGUGCCGCUGAAUCGCCUCCUCCAGUCGAGACUUGAAUCGUGUGGUUUCGUCGGCGACCCAGCGGCUCCGGCUCCGGUCCUCGCGGACCUUAGCGAUCUUGCCACGGAGGUUCUUGUGUGAGGCGGCGGUGGCGUUGAGUCCAUAGACGAGCUCGUCGAGGAAGUCGUCGAUGUCGUAGGAGAGCUCGCGCACCUCCUUCACCCAGCACCUGGCCGCCGCCGACGACGUCGGGGCCUCCACCUCCGACGGCUCCAUCAGGUACUUGUAGAUCAGUUCUUGGAGGUGGUCCUUGAGGAGGCGAAUCUUGUUCUUCUCCGCUUGUGCAGCCGGUGGUCGUCCUCCGGCGACAGCAGCCGCUCGAGCUUGGCGGGGAGGGAACGGAUGACCCCAAGCGAAACAUUGACAGGAGCCUCCAUCGUUUCUGAUGAGAAGGAAACAGAUCGAGCAAAUCCAUUGACGUUCUAGGUAGAUGAUGAGGAAUUGAGGAGCAUCGCUCUUAAAUGAAUGGAUAAAAGAAUAUGCACCGAACAUU